UGCGUGCCAGCCGGGCAGGAGCAGGACCGAUCAACGCCAACUCGAUGGCGCGCUUGCUCUCCGCGGCCGUCGGGACCCGGGGACAGCCCCCGCUUAUCCGCCGCCGCGAUUUCCUGCGACUGCCGUCAACGGGAGGAGGAAGGAGACGACACUCGAGCUUCGGUCUCUAGGUCCUUCUCUGAUUGCUCAUCACUUGGUUGCAGCAGCGAGCAGUCACUCCCGUCACCUCCUUUCCAGCGACUUCUCCCUCCCUGCAUGAUUGCAGGUUCAGAAACCUCCUGUCGCGGCGUGGCGCGCCUUUGCUCUUCUUGCUCCUCCUCCACCUUUUUGGCGCGUCGGUGCGUGCGUUCUUCUUCUGAGCUCGCAGAGAGAUGAGGAGAUCGCCUCGGAGCACAAACUCCAGCUCCAGCGCCAGCAGCCUCACCCAGUACGAUCUCUACAGCUACAAUGCGAGCAACGCGAGGGCGUUGCUGACAUGCUACACGAAGGCCAAGCCGAGGCCCUCCAAGUGGGACGACGCGCACAAGUGGCUGUCCAGGGCGCCCGACGGCGACCACGGCCGCCGCCGGAGCUCUGGCGCCAACGACCGGCUGCUGUUGCCACCGGCGUCGCAGAAGGGGGUCAGCAGGCCCUCCUGGACCUGGAGCAGCGUGGGCGGGGACGUGCCGGCUGCCGAUGCCGGCGCGCUGGACGACGCGGACACGAAGAGGGUAGUGGACUCUGUGCGGGUGUCACGGCAACAGAGGUGCGCGCCCCUGCCCCUGCCCCUGACACUAAGGGAUGUUGGCACGGAGAUGACGCCGGCCGGGAGCAAGGAGCCGUCCAGGACGAACACCCCCCGCGCCGCUCUGCCGACAGCGUCAAGGCGAUCCCAUGUCCGAGUCCCGGCCAAUUCCCCGAGGAAACGUGACGGCGGGUCGCUAGGCGGCGGUGCGGUGGAUCUUGGUGCGCCCCGUGAGAGCACCGAAUGGCGUGAUCCGGCGGCGGGUGCGAGGUGGACGGCCGUGUCUCCCGCGACGGCGUGGGACGAGGCGGAGCGCGCCAAGCAUAUGGCCAGGUACAGGCGCGAGGAGCUGAGAAUCCAGGCCUGGGAGAAUCGCGAGCGCCGGAAGGCGGAGCUGCGAAUGAAGACGACAGAGGUUACGGCGGAGAGGAGGAUGGUGCGGGCGCAGGAGAAGGCGGCGGGGAAGCUGGCCGCGGCGCAGGCGGUGGCCAAGGAGAAGCGCGCUCGCGCCGAGGCCAAGCUGGGCCGGCGCGCCGUGAAAGUCGGCGGGGGCUCACCGGGCUUUCCGUCCAAACUGAAAUUGCUCUCGCUCAAGCUGCCGCUAUUGUGCAGCUGAAUAUCGGGGACUAUACAAUUUGUUGACAUGCAUCCUUGUGUUGGAAACGAUUCAAACAUACACCGCCGGGGAAAGUUCUGUCCAGAAAGUCAACAAGUAUUGUCAUUUAUGAAGUUCGUUUCUAUUAUUAGGCGUUGUUUGAUGGAAAUGUCUUAAAACAACGAUGGAUUUUCUCUAGCGAGAAACCUACUAGCUGUAGCAUAGUAUAGCUGG